AAUUCGGUAUUCACUCGCCCAGAAACCAUCGCCGCUGCGUCGUCAUAUCUGCUAGCGACGGAACUGCUCGCUUCGAGAGUCUUCUUUUGGAGGCCCUCCGUAUUACACGUGGCGGGUGCAAGGCGAUGCCGGGCGGAUAUGUCCGUCGCGGCCGCUGGAAAAGGUGGGGUCAUGCUGAACUGUGCCCCACCCUGGAUUUUCUCCGCGCCUCCACUGAAAAUAGACCGUGACUCUGCCAUCAAGACGUCGUCACUGUGACGAAAACACCACGCCGCCAUGGAUCCGUCACUUCUCAUCGGAGAUAUCGUGGAGCGCGAUGCUGGCGAAAAGAAACCGGUUCAGUUCACCGACCACCCCAUAUCGUCAACCGGAUUCCCGCAGCACAAACGGCGGUGGAGGUCUUCGGCCUUCAAGCAGCAGCGCGCCGCGCAAGCGGCCGGUGAGGAACCUGCAGCUCGACCCAGGCCGCAGAGGCAGGCCGCAGCGAACAACGUCCAAGAUGCUUCUCAGCCGGGGGAGUUCGAGGCGGUCGAGAGGAACCGCAUCGACCGUGAAAAUCGUCAGAAGCUCGCCAGCAUGAGCCCUGCCGAGAUCGCCCAGGCGCAAGAGGACAUCAUGAGCGGCUUGAAUCCUGCUCUGAUCCAGAAGCUGCUCCAACGUGCUAAUAUUGAAGAAACCUCUGGCCCUUCUCCGUUCGACCCACCACCCUCCGAGGUUCCCGAAGUAUCACAACCCCCGCCCGAAAUCAAGGUUGUCGAUACCUCGAAGCCAGAUACCCCGAGGGUUGAGGCGCAAGAUUCUCAACCGGCAGAACCAGCCAAAGAGAGCACUACCUCAUCCAAGAAGAUCGCAGACAAUUACGACGAAGACCAAGCGCCAUCUCAGAUACCCCCAGAUCUGUUCCCGAUUACCGAUCUACCCAAGACAACGCACUUCCCGGUGCCACCAUCCCUACCCGACCUCGAUCCCUCCGAUCCAAACUUCCUAGCUACCCUUCACGAAAAAUACUUUCCCAACCUCCCGGCCGACCCAAGUAAACUUGCUUGGAUGGCACCGAUCCCGACCAAGGAUAGCCCAGCGGAUAAGGACUCCCCGUAUUAUCCACACCCUGAGAUUACAAUCUCGGCAUUGAGAUUCGACUUCUCGGGCCGGUUCCUGUCUCCACGGGUCAGCCGAUCCAUCCCGUCAUCUAAAGGCUUGCACCACCACGGAGAGGCCCCGGAGGCUGCGGGAUACACCGUCGCAGAGCUUGCGCACCUGGCCCGGAGUGCAGUGGCGGCCCAGCGAUGCAUGGCGUAUCAGACGUUGGGAAGGAUCCUCUAUCGCCUGGGACAUGGCGAGUGGGGCAAGACUGUAGAUGAUCCCAUUGCCAUGGGUGUGUGGAGUUCGGUCAAGAAGGGACGGGUUUUAGAGAGUCUAACAGAGGCCGCCAUGAACGAAGGCGGGCACAGAGGUAGUCGUGCAUUUGCAACGGAAGCUCUGUGGCUGUUUGAAAAGGGGGGCUGGAAAGAGAAAUUCAAGGGACGGUAAAGAGGCGAUCAUGCGCGCAGGGGGAUAAUGAUAAUGAUAGAUUCCCUGUCUGUUAUCCACAACCGACUGUAACAUUAUGACAAAAAGGCCGACUGUCACGGCUGGGUUUGCUAAUUGACGACCUUGGUCAUGGGCGCUCAUCACGCUAGCAACAACCGAGCGAGAAGCUGAGCCAUAGUCACAACCAUUAAGCGCGUGAUUGGGACUGAGGCGAGCCACAAAAGCGACACGAUGAAUGAACAAUUCCCAUAGAAGCCGAGUGGCGCCUGCU